CGGAGGUAGAGAAGCUACAAGACACAGCCACCAGAAUGCGCUUCUCUACAGCUGGAACGAUUGCGGCUUGCAUAGCUGCAGCGAGCGCCUUUAAAGAUACCUCGCCAUUCCUCCUCUUCUCGAACCAAGACAUCUGGGCUUCUCAAGAAGCAGGCCAAACAGAACGCCUAUCCGACCUCAACCAGCUCGACUCUGCAAGCGCGGUGACGACUUCCCUUGUUAACAGCUUGGUUUGCCUACCCGUCGAGACCCUCCUCAUCAUCGUCCAACCCGACGCCAAUGCCGCCGACUACAGCAGCAAGACAACUGCGCCCCACCUGCGCAAGGCACUGAAGAGCAGCGUUGACGAUGGGCCGGUAUAUGUUGGCCUCAACGUAGCGGAGGUUGUAGGAGCCGUGGAUGUGGAUGGGCUGCAAACAGCCGUGGAGGCUUCGUGCGGCUUUGGGUUCCAAAAGGCGGAAGCUUAUGGCGAAGACGGUGUUGCGAAGAUCGACUUCAUUCCAGUAUCAGACAAGGAAUCAGCAACCGUGGGGAUUAGGAUGGACCUGCGACCGCUGUCGGAUGAACCGGCACAGCGUGUUCGCCAGCUUGCGUAUCACGAUGUCAUUUUGCAAGAGUUGCUGGCCCAGUUAAAGGGACGUAGCUACGCCGUUCUCUUUGCCACGACACCGGUAAACUCCAAGACCCCCGCUCCCGUCGUGCACGACAGUGUAUCCGAUGUCCCCAACUACGAGUCUGAGUUCCAGGAGCCGCUGCAUUCAGAGAUCAAGCGACAGACAGGGGCUAUGCGUCGCUCAGAUGGCGGCAAGACGGUGGACAGGAGGCCGCUUUUCGAGAAAUACCAAUUCUUUACACCAGGAAUUUUCAUGGGACUAAUGGUGACGCUCCUCCUUGUGGCUAUCCUCUCUGUGGGUAUUAGGGGUAUCGCUGGUCUGGAGGUGUCUUACGCCGCGUUCGAGAAGGAGAUGGGCCCUGCGGCACAGAAGAAGGUGCAGUAGAGUGAGACUUAAUUUAUGGGAAUGUGGUAUACCAUGUGUACAAGAGCGAGUUGUAUUCUUAGUUUUUGAAGCAGCGGCCGUAUGUGCUUGCUCGGAGUUGGUGGGAUUCCUAGAAUUACAAUAUGAGAUCUGCAAGCGUCUGAUCUACUCCAUGUUUGACAGCAGGGCGAG